CACCUUUACAGCAGUUAAAUGUGUACACAGACUUUUAUUCAAAUUGCAAGUGUAUAGAAUCUUGAGAAAAUCGAAAUCGGUUGUGUUAAAAUGGCAGCUGCAAAAAAACCUGACACCUUUGCUGUGUUACCCCGAGUGAUAAACGGUGGAAUUGCGGGCGUUAUUGGCGUGACAUGUGUGUUCCCAUUGGAUUUGGUGAAGACACGUCUCCAAAAUCAACAGAUUGGUCCCAAUGGCGAACGCAUGUACACCAGCAUGUUUGAUUGCUUCCGCAAAACCUACGCGGCUGAGGGAUACUUUGGCAUGUAUCGCGGCUCGGCCGUAAACAUUUUACUGAUUACCCCAGAGAAGGGCAUUAAAUUGGCUGCCAACGACUAUUUCCGUUACCAUCUGGCCACGCCGGAGGGCAAGUUAACAUUGCUGAGGCAGUGUUUGGCUGGCGGACUGGCAGGUGCAUUCCAAAUUAUUGUGACCACGCCCAUGGAGCUGCUAAAGAUUCAAUUGCAGGAUGCCGGUCGUGUAAGUGGCAGUAAGGAUUUACGGAAGGUGACCGCAUGGUCUAUCACCAAACAGCUGGUUAAAGACAAUGGCAUCCUUGGUUUAUACAAAGGUGUACGGGCGACUGGUGCUCGCGACAUCACCUUCUCCGUCAUCUACUUUCCACUGUUUGCCUCGUUGAAUGACAGUGGACCCCGGAAAUCGGGCAACUCCGGCGAAGCCGUCUUCUGGUGGUCCCUCGUUUCUGGUUUGUUGUCGGGCAUGACAGCUUCUUUUACGGUUACGCCUUUGGAUGUGAUUAAAACCCGUUUGCAGGCCAUUAAAAAGGCGGAUGGCGAGAAGGAGUUCAAUGGCAUCGCCGAUUGCAUUGGCAAAACAUUGAAGUACGAGGGACCCAAGGCCCUUUUCAAGGGCGGCUUAUGCCGAAUGAUUGUAAUAGCUCCACUCUUUGGAAUUGCUCAGAUGGUCUACUUCCUGGGCAUUGGUGAGCGAAUUCUGGGUAUUGAGCAAAAGAAAUCUGUUUAAUGUUUGUGGUACAAAAUUGUCGGCCUUUUUUAAUUAUAG